UCGAAGAAGCUCGGGGAGAUCGUGGUCGACGACAACAUCAGCUGGAUGGUCCGCUGCUCGGCUGUGCUGUCGGCCGUAGGGGGGAAGGACAUCGCGCUGGCUAAAGAGGUCAACAACACGGCACUAUCCUCCCCCAGAGAUCCCACCCCUGAGCUCUGUGUGCAGAGACCACGCACCAUCUCCGGCGCAUCCAAGAUCCACGCUGAGCUCAUGGAUGAGUACUACCAUCACAGGACUGGAUUUCUGCUGCCUCAGGUACCCGGGCGUCAUCUCCGCUGA